AUGCAUUUCAAUGCAUCUGGAUAUGCAUGGACACAGGAGGAACCAUGUGUCCUCCUACACGGCUAUGGUGGUGGCAGCUUCUCCAGGACAAAGUUGAUUGCUGCUAAAAUUGGAGAUAUUCCUCACUUGAAUAAUUCUACAACACUCGUGGACCCGUCAGUCUAUGGUUAUGGAGUGCAGAAACGGCCCCUGGAUGACGGAGGUCUCCGUGUAAGUGGGCUCCAUGGAGCACAGAUAAGAGACACAGAGAGAAUAGGUAACCAGUUAGGGGCCCUGGUACAUCAAAGGGCUGUAAUAACAGAAGAGUUCAAAGUGCCUGAUAAAAUGGUUGGAUUUAUAAUCGGCAGGGGAGGAGAACAGAUCUCACGGAUUCAGGCAGAGUCUGGCUGCAAAAUUCAAAUUGCUCCAGACAGUGGUGGAAUGCCCGAGAGGCCCUGUGUGCUCACCGGGACGCCAGAGAGCAUUGAACAAGCAAAACGGCUACUGGGGCAGAUUGUAGAUCGCUGUCGGAACGGACCUGGUUUUCACAACGAUGUUGAUGGCAACAGUACGAUUCAGGAGAUUUUGAUCCCGGCAUCCAAAGUGGGUCUAGUCAUCGGCAAAGGAGGUGAAACAAUAAAACAGUUGCAGGAGCGAACAGGUGUGAAAAUGAUUAUGAUCCAAGAUGGUCCAUUGCCUACUGGAGCAGAUAAACCUCUCCGAAUUACUGGAGAUGCAUUUAAAGUACAGCAAGCGAGGGAAAUGGUACUGGAGAUCAUCCGAGAGAAAGAUCAGGCAGACUUCCGAGGCGUACGCAAUGAUUUCAGUUCUAGAAUGGGAGGAGGCAGCAUAGAGGUCUCUGUGCCCAGGUUUGCUGUUGGAAUUGUGAUAGGAAGAAAUGGAGAAAUGAUCAAAAAGAUUCAGAAUGAUGCUGGAGUUAGGAUUCAAUUUAAACCAGAUGAUGGGAUUAGUUCUGAAAGAGUCGCACAGGUCAUGGGGCUUCCCGAUAGAUGUCAACAUGCAGCACACAUCAUCAGUGAGCUGAUUCUCACAGCACAGGAAAGAGAUGGUUUUGGAAGCCUGGCUGUCACCCGAGGAAGAGGUCGUGGCCGUGGGGACUGGAGUGUUGGAACACCUGGGGGCAUGCAGGAAAUAACCUACACGGUGCCAGCCGAUAAGUGUGGUCUUGUUAUAGGCAAAGGUGGUGAGAACAUCAAGAGCAUAAAUCAGCAGUCGGGAGCCCAUGUGGAGCUCCAGAGAAACCCACCUCCGAACACAGACCCUGGUGUACGAAUAUUCACAAUCAGAGGAGUUCCCCAGCAAAUUGAGCUCGCUAGGCAUCUCAUAGAUGAGAAAGUUGGAGGUACCAGUAUGGGUGGACCUGGAGGAUUUGGUCAAAGUCCGUUCAGCCAAGCACCUGCUACACCUCAUCAAAAUGGUCCUCAGGCGUUCAUGACGCAGGGUUGGGGCAGUACCUACCAGACAUGGCAGCAGCCUGGACAGCAAGUCCCAAGCCAACAGAGCCAGCAGCAGAACAGCCAUCCCGAUUACAGCAAAGCAUGGGAGGAGUAUUUCAAAAAACAGAGUCAUGCUGCCAGUGCUGCUUCUCAGGCAAGUUCCCAGCCGGACUACACAAUGGCUUGGGCAGAGUAUUACAGACAGCAGGCUGCCUACUACGGGCAGACACUAGGGCAGGCUCAGGCCCACAGCCAG